GCCGGGCAUGGGAGCCCCAGAAGAACUUGCAUUAUUUUCUUGAAAUUGCAUUCGCCGUUGUGUUUUAAAUCAAAGCAUAUGGUUACUGUUCUUAUCUAGUUGCACACUGAUAUCUUGAGCAUGGAGAUAAGGUUAGAAGUUUUGACCUCAACAAGUAUAAAACAGAAAAAACCCUGGCCACGAAUCUCCUGGUUGGGACAGGAAAAUGAAGCUGUUUUUCUUUUGGAUGAUAAAUUCAUCAAUGAAAUUGACUUGCUCUCAGGAAGGACAAAGAAGAAAAUUCCUAGUCUGCAGCCUUUGCUGAAGGAUGUUAUUGUCCUAACAACAUCCAGUAAUGAUGCCUGGCUGGCUGGGGUACUCACUACAGGGGACCUUUUCCUUUGGAACAAAGAUCAAGAUUGUUUGAAAACUAUACAAGCAACUGAAAAGCCUAAAGAAAUGAUUAAAGCUGCAGUAGCAAGCUCUUGGAAACUAUAUUUGUAUGUAUCUGGAAAUGGGAAAAGAGUUCUGCUUAUAACUCCUUCUGGAUGUAUACUUCUUUGGGAAUAUUUGGAAUUCAAGACAAUCUUAUCUUCCAAAAGCCUUUCAUUGGAGGGUCAGUGGUCCCAGAUCAUACCAGAAGAAACAAUUCAUUUGCCUUCCACUGAAGAUAAGGAAGCUGUAGUGCAUGCUGUUUUUAUAAAAAAUGAGUUAUUUGGAGACUGCUGCUUGUGUUCAUUUACUUUUUAUUCUGGGGAAUAUCUGAAAUUAUCAUUUCUGUCAAUUCGUUGGCAUGAAAAUGGAUUUACACCCAUAAGGUCAUUGCCAUAUGCUGUUCAUUGGGCACAACAAGACUGUCUUCUAUGCAGUUUAAUUCCUAAAUGCGAAUCAGUUAAAUCAAGAGGAGCUCUAAUUUCUGCCUUUUCAAGAGAUGGCCUUACCCUGGCAGUAACUCUUAAUCAGAAAGACCCAAAGGCAACUCAGAUAUUAUUUAUAAACACAUUGAAUUUUGUUACUCUCUCUGGCAACCUUAAAGGAUGUAGUAAUAAGAAUCCUGUGGUUCCAGCUACACUUGUAAGGUCUUAUUGGGUAGGUGAUAUCAGCUGGACUCAUGAUAGUCUUUUUCUGGCUUGUAUGUUAAAACGUGGCUCCCUGAUUUUAUUGACCUGCCAAGGUGAACUCCUAACAUUAAUUACAUUUGGUUGCUCUAUAGAAUUUGGGCCAGCAGAAUUUAUUCCACUUCACCCACUAAUAACAUAUAGACCACAGCAGUUUACAUUUCAAGAUUCAAAUAAAUCUGUAGAUUCAUCAGCUUCUGAUAAUGAUCCUAUGAGACAGAGAUUUUCUGUAAAAGCACAUUCUCGGUUACCCUACCUCGUUAUUUCUGAUGGAUACAUGAUUACGACCCUUCGAUUUCUUGACAACAUGUCUCCAUCUGUGCUCAUGAGGUCACUUCUGCUUGAUUCAACCCAGAGACUUGAGAAAACAUACCAAAGUGUGAUAUUGUCUAAGCCCAAAAGCAAAGGACUGAACUUGCGAUCACUGGAUUCUCUAAGGUCUAGCCUGUUAAAAUACCAAGAAAACGAAAGCUCGGGUAAUACUACUGUCCCUAGAUUCUUGCAGGCAGAAGAAACAAUGAAGUUAAAUGAAAAAACAGAUUUGCAGGAUUUUGAAGCAGAACAAACUAAUGAAGACAAACACUUUCCAGACAACUUACUCUCUUGGAACCAUAAAAAUGAUUCAUUGUUUAGUAGUGUGGAGGAGGGAAGACUGGAAUUUGCAUCUAUGUUUGAUACGAUACAUGCAAAAGAUAAUACCGAGGAUACAGAUAAAACCAUUACAGAACUGCAUUCUGUCCAGAAAAAUCUCCUUGCAGCAUGGGCUAUAGGAAUUUCAAAAAAUGUGCCAGAAAAAAAUUUAAUGUUAAAUUACACAGUAGUUUGUAUCACUCACCUUUUCUAUAUUCUUCAGUUUAUAAAAUGUCCCUUGCCCAAACUUGAUCUCUUUUUAAGCAAGAGCCUGAGACAUAAUACAUGGGUACUUUGUGUCCUUCAGCUUUUUCAUCAGUGUUUAUCAAUCCAGUAUUGGGAUCUGAGAUAUAAACAAAAUGUGGAACAUUUGGUGAAGCUGACCUCAAAUACUAUGAAACUUUUGCUGACUCAGCAACAACAGGGUCAGUUAUUCUCAGAGAAGCUUUUAGCCUGUUUUCAUUUACUCAGAAUGGUAGCUAAUAAUUUAAAUGGAAUUUACAGUCUCCAACCUGAAGUUAUUUCAGCAUCCACAGAUGGAAGUAGAACAGUAAAUCAAGACUCAUUGGUGGUACCCAUUUUUCAAAUGUUUCGACAUAGUGGUUCUCAGGAAAACUGUUGUUGGAACUCACCUUUCAAGACUGGCCCUCAAGUAGUAAAUUUUGUUCAUCAGCCGGGACACAGAUUGAUUAUUCUCUGGAGAAUAUUGUACAAAAAAACUAUAUGUUAUCAAAUACAAUUAGAUCGAAAAAUUACCGAAGGUGACACACAGUUAACUGAAAAGAUGACACAGGAAGCAUCUACCGUCAACUCCUUGUUAUGUCAUAUACAAGCUAACUUACAGACUGCUGGAGUUUCCUUGAACCAAACUGUAGACCUUAAGUCUGUCAAUGGUGAAGAAUGUUUCCUAUUAGGAUCAUAUGAAAAAGCUGUUCAAAUAUGGAAGAAAUCUCUUCAAGAAAUACAAGAGAAAGGAGGAAGAAGGACAUGUUAUCUUCAGAUACGCUAUUAUCUUUCUCUUUUAUACUGCUACCUCUAUUGUUACAAUUUAAACGAUGCACAAGGAUUAUGUGAUCAGCUAGUAAGAAAAAUACUGAAAUGGUCCCAACUGCCUAUAAAAGAAGAUAAAGAUUGUUCAGUUCCUGAGAAGUCUCAUUGUGAUUUUGGAAUGACUGGCAGUGUUCAUCCUGAGGCAGCAGUGAGGGUCAUCCAAUCCAUGGCUCGAUUCAUGGCUGCCUAUUUCACCAACCAGACGCUUGGCAUUUUGCCACCUCACAAUGUAAAUGUUCUGCCUCCACUUCAUAUCAACACAGAACAGUCUCUACGACUUAUUCCUCUGCAACACUCUGAGGUGGCCAGUGUUGUUAGAGAUCAGAAUCUUUCUAAUGUAUGGACAGUUGAAUAUGCCCUCGAAUUAUUACUUAUUGGUGGCCUGAUUCCAGAAGCUGUGUGGUUGGCACAUAAACUUGGAGACUGGAAGACAUCUGUUUCAAUUGGUUUGGCCCUCCAACUGUUCUGUAAACAAGAUAGCAAUUUCACAAGAUCCAAGAAAAAGAGUCUAGAUCUACCAUUAAAUGUGACUCCAGCACAGAUUUUCCAGGAAAAACUUCAAUAUUUUUUAGGUCAACCAGCUUCUUUGGAAGCAAAAAAUGAAAUGGACUCAAAAUACAAACAAUUUACAGAUCCCAUUGAAGAGGAAGAUGCAAAUCUCCUGCUUGGUUCUGUGCAGGAAGUACUGACAGCAGCAGUGAUGGCAGAUGCAGAUAUUGUCUCAGGGACUUUUCAGCUGCUCAUACAUUCUGCCAAGGAGUUCAGUAAGAAACUGUGGGGCUUGGUGCCAGUUGGCAUGUAUCUUCCCGCUCCUCCCUUGUAUUGUCCUCAACCAGCUGUUCUUAGUGAAGAAGAUGGUGAUGAUUUUCUUUUAAAAGCUGAAAAAGAUAAUCGCCAGAAAGUAUCUGGAAUCCUUCAACGUAUCCUCUUGCUUUUCCGGGCCGCUCGGUGUUCUUUUCCUGUAGCACAGUGGUACAUCUUGCAGUUGAGGUGGGCAAGAAAAGUCAUGCAGAAGAUCCGAAUGAAAGGGUCCCUUCCUUCACUGAGUCCUUUCCCUCAGUCAUUACUUAAUUAUUGUAAAGGGGGUAUAGCAUUCUUUAGACCUGGAUCAACUGGAGACCACAAGCUUGAUGAAGUUUCCAUUAAAGCAAUAGGUUGCUUCAGAGAACUUUGUGCUUUGUGUUGGAUGCUGCAUAUCCGUGAUAAGUUAUCCUAUAGUUGCAGGCAGUAUCAGAAAGCAAGAGAAAAUGUGGAGGGGAAAAAGGACAUUGAAGUGGAGUUUGAUUCUUGUAUGGUUGAGCAUUGUCUCAGUGCCAUAGAAUGGGCUUAUAGAAUGCUACCCUUCUCUCGUUUUUCUAAUAUUGAAGAACUUAUUCAGGAUCUAAUUUUGAGCCUUAUUGGAGAACUGCCACCAAUCAGAAAGGUAGCAGAAAUUUUUGUGAAAGCAUUUCCCAAUCCUGAGGACAUACGGGUUCCACUAAGAGAAAAAUAUCACUCUCUCCAGCAGAGACUCAGACACUGUGUUGUGAAAGGUCCCCAAAAUGAAGAAAUGAUGUCCGUUAUCAUUCAUACACUCCACAAAGUGAGGGUAAAAGCCCUAAAACGUGUGAAGAGGAAUAUAGGCUCUUUUGAGAUGAAUAUAUGGGAGCCAAUUGAAGAAGAAAAACCAGCUGAGGUUCCAGGUUUUGACAGGUUUUCUCUGGGGACUAGUUUGAGCAGGAGCACACUCACAGAACUGGGCAAUUCUCUGGUUUACAGUGAUGCGGAUACAGCAGAUACCUUCUCUGAAGCUCUGUCAGUUGAAGAAAAAUAUAGAAUACAUUUAUAUCAAAGAAAUGCCUCAGAUAACAUGGAACUAACAUUGACUUGUAAGCCCAAUGGAAAAAAGAAAGUAAGUAAUCAGAAAAAAGACACUGAAAAAAAAGAAGACCAUGAAAAGUUAUUACAAAAUGGACUUCCAGUAAUAGGUAUUUGGGAAUUUGAAAGGGAUGAUGACGAAUACAUUAAAUUUCUUGAGCUCUUCUUGAGCUAUGUUCUUGAAAGAGACUUACUUAGUUCCAAGGAACCUAGCAUUCCAUUUCUAACCAGUUUCUCUGAACAUCUUAGAGAACAUGAGCUUAAUUCUCUGCUGUUUGAUGUACAUACGACAUUAAAACGACGUCAGGGCAAAGCCAAAGGCCAGAAUGUGUUUAGAGCUGGAUCUUGCUUUGUUGUUGCUCCUGAGUCACACAUGUCUGAAAAAUCUGAAAGCCAGGCACCUUCAGCUUCAGUGCUGUUGAAUCCAGGGUUCAGAUCUUCUGUGGAGAAACCUUUGAAUGAAGUCAAUAAAAAUGAAGGGCAAAGAGGAUUGUUUGGUUUAAAACAAAAGUCAAUUUACAGAAUACAAGACGACAGUUCAGAGAAACCUUUAAUCCAGAAAUUGUCAAACCAUAUCUUUUGGACUCCCAAAUCCAUUAAAAGUAGAAGAUAUAUUUUCAAAGCAAUUGAGUGCAAUGAUAUUAACCCUCAAGAAGAUCUUCCCCUAGCACUAAAUGAAAAUUUUGGCAGUAUCAGGAGGCUGCUGGAGUGGAUGAUAAGAUGGGCUGAUAGAAGACUGCUCUGUGAUCCUGGUCUCGCUGAGUCAAACUCUGAGUACAGUCCUGUUAUUCGUGUAAAGACGUCUACUACUGCCAUUCUUACAUCACUGUGGCUUUUGGAACAACCCUACUUUGCUACAUAUAAGUCAAAAAAUGCCAUUACUGAGGUGCUAGAGAAUCAUUACACUGGGUUUCAGAGUGCACCCAACAUUAAGACUGAGAGCAAAAUAGAUACUGGCUGUUUUGUAUCAGUAUCCUCUCAAGGUGGUACUGAGGAAAGAAAUGAUGAAAAUGAGUCUCGUCCAAGUAUCUUGAAAAUGCCAACUGCAGCAAAAAAUCCUGAAAUGAAAGAAAUCAAUGAUGAGAUUAUUUCUGUCAUUGAUGAUACUGACAAAGAAUUUGUAGAUACAGAUGAGGAUCUUUUAGAAGUAGAAACACUUACACAGGAGGAAAUGAAUAUAGACCUACGAGACUAUGAAGAAGAAGCCAGAGAACAGGUUGGACGUCUCAAAAGUCCUAGUAUUGCCAUUUGCAUGCAAGCUUUACCACAGCAUUUAGAAGAACACACCACAGAAGAAGUUCAUUGUCUGAAGGACGAGCCAUUAGAGACAUACAUGGAGAAAAAGUCAAGCCAACAGAAAGGUAUGAGUGAAGCCUUCUCAGUUCCUGAACCCAACGUUCCUCAUUCAUUUUGUGUAGACACAAGUUCAAAAAUUUCUAGUGUACAGAUGUCUGCAUUUGAAGAUAAAUCUUCACAAACACCUGCUGUAAUAAUACCUCAGCUGACCCAGAGUAAUGAACCCAGAGCUCAAUUACCAGAUUCUUCCGAUUCUGUUAGACAGAUGCUCCAAGAUGAAAUGUUUAAAUUAGUUCAGCUACAACAGAUCAACUUCUUGAGCCUAAUGCAAAUAGUAGGAUCAUCCUUUGCUAACCUCCCAGAUACACAUCAACUUCUACAGCAGUCUCAGUCUGCGCAUUUGGUGGGAGGCCAAGUAUCAAAUCCCAGAGGAGGAAGUGGUGAUGUUGAAGAUGCCAGUAGAAAUCUGAAGGCAAGAUUUCUUAUUAAACCACAAUCCAUGGGAGAGUAUCCCAGGGAGUCUGGUGAGAACAGCUCACAUGGCCAGAAAGGAAUUGUGCAGUCUGAUCAAAAUAGUAAUGGAAAUUUACAGGAUGUUGCGCAUGGGAAUAGUCCUCCAGGUCAAUUAGAAGGUCAACCCCAGAAUAGAGGAUUAACUCCAGCUCAAAGUUUCCCAAUCCCUGCAUUGUCUCCAGCCUCUGCUCACAAUACUCAUCACCUUUUGUCCACAUCUUCUGCCAUUCCAAAGACACCUAGACUUAUCCCAGCUGCAAAAGCCUUCAGAUCUGGUGAUGGUUUUCCUUUGCUUCAGUUUCAACCUAAGCAUGAAUUUAAACCACUUUCCUUCCACACAGAAAGAAUUCCCCAAGUUCCCUUCAGGCCUCUGCCACAGCCAAGAGAGGCUUGGGGAUUAUCUUAUUCUUUCCCGACUCCUCUGCCACAAGAAGCAAUGCAUUCUACGUCAAUAUCUCAGUUGAAUUUGAACCAGUGUGAUACUACAGAUACUAAAAAAGACAUAGAGCAGAAGAAAUGGGCAGAAACUGUAAUUCCAGAAGCCUCUAAGCAUGUGGGCUUGGAUCAGUAUGUUGGACAAGGAAACUUGACAUCUCAGCAGGACUCGUCAAUAAUUACAAAACCAGAAAAACGAUUUGAUAUUAAGCCAGUGUCAAUUGAGAGAUCUCCUCACAAUUCAUUUGGACUUCCAUUAUUGCAUUUGCAACUUAACCCUCCUUAUAUUUUUUCUUCUGCCUCAAGAGCAUCGAUUACAGUUCCAUCGCGGGCUGUCAGAGCUAGAGCAGAAGAAAGAAAACACCCAAGGCUGUCCUUGCUUCAUUCAUGUCUGUCCCCAGAAAGUGUGUACAAAAAGCCAUAUCUUAUCCCACUUGAAUACCUCACUGCAGUAAAACAAAGCCAACAGGAACUAACAAAUAAUUUAUUUGAACAAGGAGAUUCUGGACACCUUCACCUUCUGAAAGCUAAAAUAGAACCACCUGAAGUGACGCAAGAAAAUAACAGUAAAAAAAGACAAAGACGACGAGCUAAAAAAGACCUACAAGAAAAAACCUCAGAGAAACAAAGGAGAAAACCAAGUGUGACUAUCCAACAGGAGGAUUCUAUUACUAAUGAUAAUGAUUCAGAAAUAGUUAUGAAACCCAAGGAGCAACAGGAGCAUCAUGAUUCCCAGGCUUUGGAUGACUUUGACAUUCCUUUUGAAAUGCUACAAAAUGAUACUAAUACUUCAGCUGGGUUGCAUUUCAUGGCCUCUGUAAGAAAGAAAGCUGUAGAACAUCAGGAUGCAAGUACAAAUACAGAACAAGACAGAGAAGCUGCUACUCAAGAAGCUAUUUCAGAAUGUUGUAAAAAUCAAGCAGUCAUUUAUUCUACGUCAGAACAUGAACUUUUGAAUGUUCCUCAACCAGACGUGCAUCUAGAUCUCAAGUUUUCCACUGAAAUACCAGAGAAAUCUUUGUCACCUUCAGCCUGUGAAACGGUUGGACACACUUAUAUAAAUGUGAUUGACAUUGAAGCUGAUGAUCUUCUACAGGAAUUACCUGUCAGGAAAGAGCCUUCAGAUAAUGUUAUAAAACAGCAAAAUGGUCAUCUUGAAGUCCCUUCUUCUGCAGAGCUACAUUAUAUGGCAGCCUCAGUUACCAAAGCCAUUCCCCUGCACAAUUUUAAGAAUCAUGAAUCUGCCAAUACCUCUGUGGAUUUAUUUCUUAAACCUGCACAAGUGUCUCCAUCCUGUCUGAAUGGAAGAAGGUGGAGAGAAACCAUUACAGAAGUGAAGGAGCCUAGUAUCACCUCCCCUGCACCAUCAGACAUUCCCCAGGACACAGAUAUGCCAAAACCAGAUUUCCCAUCUAAAGAACGGAGCUCCAAGUCCUAUGCUGCACGAGAUGAUCGGCUGUGGGAACUGCUGCAGGAUGUCUCUGUCGCUCCUCCUGUAUCACACUCUGUAGCUCACAAACUAGAGCAUCUCACCUCCAAGCUUCUGAAAAUUGAUGAACAGCUCUUAGCAAUACAGAACAUUGCUGAAAACAUAGAACAGAAUUUCCCCAGGAAUGAAAUGCUAGACCAACAUUGCGAUAAGGUUGAACCCAUGGAUCCCACUGAAUUGUCUUUUGGCCCUGAGUUUGAAAAAGCAUUGGCUUCAAAAGCCAUUAGCAUUUGUGAAGUGCAUUUCCCAACUCACAUGGAUAAGCAAGAUCAAAGUGAUAAAGAAGAGACUUCAGAAUUUUCAGUAACAGAAACUCAAUCUAGUCAGAAAACAUGUGUGUUUCCCUCUGCCGAGUCAGCUAUCAGCCUUUCCAGUGACCAGAAUACAACUUCUCCUGGUGUGAAUAACAGUAGCAAGUUAUUUGAGAGUAUUUCAGAUCCUCUUCAGAUGACUGGAUUGACUGAUAUUGCAGACAUUAUUGAUGACCUUAUAACAAAAGAUGGAGUUUCUAGUGAAGAGCUUGGUUUAACAGAACAACAAGCUAGGAGUAUCUCCAGGAUUCAGCGUUCUUCUGGUAGACAUCAACAAAGAACUGAGAAGCAGAGAAGAGAGAUUCAAGUCUGGAUGAAAAGAAAGCGAAAAGAAAGAAUGGCAGAGUACUUACACCAGCUGGCAGAAAAGAGAGGGCAGGAACAUGAUCCUUUCUGUCCCAGGAACAAUCCAUUUUACAUGACUUCAAGAGAAAUCAGGCUGAGACAAAAGCUGAAACAUGAAAAAGACAGAUUGCUACUCUCUGACCACUAUAGUCGUCGAAUCUCACAAGCAUACAAUCUAAUGAAUGAGCUUUUAUCUGAAUCAGUACAACUACCAGCAACGGCACAGAAACUGUUGCCUAAUAAGUCCAAAACUGCAGAAAUUUCCAGACAGCAACGUUCCCUCUCUCCAAGAAGAGAGAAUCAACAUGUUCACAAUUUUCCAAUAAAUCGACAUGGAAAAGUCAGAUGUAUAGUUAAACCAAGUUACGCCCAAAAGGGAAAAACUCUUGGGCAACCUCAAAGCUCACCUUGGCCACGUGGAACUGCCACUUUCGCCAUAUCAAAAAAAGCUGGUGGAGCCAAAGUGUCUACCUUCCAAAAAGAUCGGAUGUCCCGAAUAAAUCCUAGAGAAAUACAUUCUGAUCUGAAGAGAAGGAAAUUUCAGAGCCAUCCCUGGGUAAAGCAAGGGUCUAUUGCUCCAUGUGGUAGACAUCAGCAUAGAGAAAAUCAUGGAGGGACUGGACUUGUACCUCACACCAAGCAGAUGUCUGUAGAAUAUGAGAGAGAGGAGACUGUGGUGAGUCCCUGGACGUUGCCUUCAGACAUCCAUAAGAUUCUUCAUGAGAGUCACAGUUCCCUUCUACACGACUUGUCAUCAGCUGAAGAGGAGCCAGAACCUCCUUUGGGGGCGGGUGGCCUGGACAGCGUGUCUGAGAGCACUGGCAGCAUCCUUAGCAAGCUUGACUGGAAUGCCAUUGAAGACAUGGUGGCGAGUGUAGAGGACAGGAGCCCAUCUGUCCGCUGGAACACAGACCUGUAAGACCGAAUACCAUUCUGUUUCAGUGCAAAGGCCAGCACCUCAAUGAUGUACUUUUGAAAGAUUAGUGGAUUUAUGGGAGAGAAGCAAUGAAAGAAGUGAUGUGAAUUUAUGACCUGCAGCCAUAUUAUGACCUGGAUUAGCCAUUUUAAGGAGGAAAAUAAACAUUUCUCAAUCAUUUUGCCUUCAUAGGGAAAAGGAUUGUUUAACUAUAUGGAUGCAUUAUAUGUUUUUGCAUUUAACUUACCUUUUAGGAAUAUUUUUUAAGUAUAGACAGAAAAAUAUGAAAAGUACAUUUCAAGUGAAUUGUGCAUAGUAUUUAAACUACUUUCAAUAAAAAUCUUAUAUCUUGCCUCCUUUACUACCCCAAGUUUUGAGAAAACUCUUAAUUGGAUAAACCUGAUUGGGGAAAAAUUAUUUCAUUGAGAAAUCAUAACCUCACCUGAGACAAUAAUGAACUCCAUGUAAAAACAUCUGAAGGCAUUGUGGUGGCAAUGGAACCCACGAUUCUUCCUGUGGAAUAGCUAGGAAGCUAUCACCGGUUUGGUUCCAUCAGGAGACAGUUCUGGAGAGGAGAACAUGGGGACUGUUCACAGUCAGUGAUGGUCUGACCUUGCUGAAGAACAUGGCUUAUAGUAAGACAUAUUAGAUGAAAUGGUCGGGAAAUAUAAGUUGGACCCAGGGUGUAGAGAAGCCAAAGUUCUAGACCAAAAAUACUGGACUGAGUUUUGUGGGCAGAAAGUCAUGAGAGCUUUGAGAGGACUGUGACCUGGCUAGGGCAGGUUAUGUUCAGGACAUCAGCAAACUCUGUAAAAGAUGCACUAAAACAAAGACACAUCAUGGUCAGAGAAGAGAAAGGACCGCAGUGGUGCUUUUUUCUUUGGAACCUGUAUUGCAUGUGGGUCUUAAAAUUUUUAUGCUGAGGCAUAUUUUAUAAAUAUAUGUUUUAUAUAAGGGGAAAAUAUUUCUUAAAAUUCACCUAUUCAGGGUUUGUCCUAGGAGUUAAAAGGAACCAAAUCCACCUUAUACCAAUCCUGAACUUCUAAGCAAGCUAGGUUUAUGACAUGCCAGGUCUGCUCUCCUCUGCCCUGUAGCCUGAGAGUUUUUUUUUUUUUUUUU